UGGGAUUCAUCAUCCUUUGCAUAGGUAAAACCACAGUUCCAGGAAAUCUUAAGACUGUCUGAGGAAAACAUAGAUUCCACAGCAGGUAAUGGAGUGCUAACAAAAGCCACAGUUCCCAUCUAUGCAACAGGGGUCCUUACAUGUUAUAUUCAAGAAGAAGAUCGCAAGCUGUUAGUUGGAUUCCUAGAAGAUGUAAUGACCAUGCUUUCACUAUCCCAUGCUCCCCUUGAUAGCCUGAAAGCUUCCUUUGUGGAACUAGGUGCAAACCCAGCUUAUCAUGAGCUGCUAUUAACUGUUUUAUGGUAUGGAGUUGUCCAUACUUCUGCUCUUGUUCGAUGUACAGCUGCUAGAAUGUUUGAGCUGUUGGUGAAGGGGGUACAUGAAACUCUGGUAGCUCAGAGAGUUGUUCCUGCUCUCAUUACUCUCUCCAGUGACCCUGAAAUUUCAGUAAGGAUUGCUACAAUUCCUGCUUUCGGGACCAUCAUGGAAACUGUUACUCAGAGAGAGCUUCUGGAGAGAGUAAAAAUGCAGCUGGCAUCUUUCCUGGAAGACCCUCAAUAUCAAGACCAACAUUCUUUACAUACAGAAAUCAUAAAGACAUUUGGAAGAGUUGGACCUAAUGCUGAGCCCAGAUUUAGAGACGAAUUUGUUAUUCCACACUUACACAAGUUAGCCUUGGUCAACAACCAGCAGUCUGUGGAUUCGAAGAGACUGGAUAUCGCUACCCACCUGUUUGAAUCCUACAGUGCUCUUUCCUGUUGUUUUAUUUCAGAGGAUUUAAUGGUCAAUCACUUUUUACCAGGACUGAAGUGUUUACGAACGGACAUGGAACAUCUCUCACCAGAGCAUGAGGUUAUUUUGAGCUCCAUGAUAAAAGAGUGUGAACAGAAAGUGGAAAACAAGACCGUCCAAGAACCGCAAGGCUCGAUGUCAAUUGCAGCGAGUCUGGUGAGUGAAGAUACAAAGACCAAGUUUUUGAACAAAAUGGGCCAGCUGACUACAUCAGGUGCAAUGUUGGCUAAUGUGUUCCAGAGGAAGAAGUAAGAUGGGAAGAGGAACUCCCAGCUAACACUAAGGUGGACCUCACAGAGACUGGUUCCUGUACUUGAAGUACUUGCCUUUUAAUUUCUUCUGUCUUAUGUUCUUGUAGUAUAAUUUUAUUCUAACCUCCAAAGAUAUUUGCACUGCUUUUGAAUAUCGCUGUGUAUCUGUUAAUUUUGGGUUAACUGUGGUUGAUAUAAAACUGAAAUCAUAGUCUGUACCAAGUCCCUGUUCUGUGUUCUUGUCUUUCCAGCAUUAUUUUUUUUAUAUAGUGGAAGGUUUUGGUUUUUUUAUUUUCUGACAGGAUAUCAGCAAAUAUCUGUAUUAUACAUGGAGCUAUUCUGACGGUACUUAAAAUAAUGUAAAUUUGAAGUCAUUGUCAUGAAGUAAUAAAAGUGGAAGAUUACUUAUGUAUUUAAAUUAUGAGAGAGUAAUGCAGAUUUUUUAAUUAUGUUUCUAAAAAGAAGAGGAAGAGCCACCAGCAUUUGUCUGUGCUUCUAGGGUUGUUUUUGUAAGUAUUGUGCAUCUUGAAUCCAGAGGAAUUGCAGUAUCUAAUGUAUGAGACUGCUUGCACUGCAUCAGUCUGCAGGGAAUGCUCAUAUUUCAGAUGCUUUAUGCUGACAUUGUAAAUGCUGUACAAAGUCCUUCAUUUAAAAUUCUCUCAUCUAUUAUGGUUUUUUGAGGGAUGUUUUCUUUUGUUGGGUUUUUGUUUUAUUUUAAAGCACUUUAACAACCAGUCUAUACAUCCAGAGGCACAUCCAUUAAGUAAAGGAAAAACAUGAUAAAUUAAUAAAUGUACAAGCUACUACACAGGGUCUCCAGUAGAGUUCUGCAGGCAGAGGAACCUUAAUACAGGAGAGAGACUGCUUUUGUCUUGCACUCAGUGUGCAGUUCUGUGUACUGUGAAAACUAAAAUUAAGAUAUUUUGUUGUAUAGAUUGAAUUUUGGUUCAAAUUUCAUUCCUGAGUAUUUGAAAUUAUGUUGAGAUAGUUUGAUGUGCAGUUUCUUUAAAACCUUAAGUAGACUGCAUACAUACUUUUUGAAAACAACAUUACAAGGAGUAUAUUCAACAACUACCAAACGUUUUUGUUAGCAGGGAAGAAUUAACAACUAAAUCCUUUUCUUCUUUUGCAGCACUUUCCCCCCUCCUCCCCCCGCUUCUUUAUGUCAAUGUAAGCUUCUGAAAGUAAACUCAAGUGCAUGCAUGAACUGGUAUGAGGUAGCAAACUAUAAAAGCUCAGGCAUUCUCUGACAUGGUACCAUUCAGUUGGAAGUAUUCACAUCUUUGAGGACAGAGGAAGCAAAAGGAGUGAGGGAAUAACAUAUUCACUUCUGAAACAGAACAUGGAUGGAACAGCACAUCAGGUAUUGCCCUUAGAUGGAAAUAAUGGAGAUAACUUGAGGCCUCUGACUGCUUUGUGUCUGUGCCUGUUGGCUCUGCAUAUACUGUUGCCUGCCAUGUUUGUGUUGUGACAGGGCCUGCACACCUGCACACUGUCGGUCCCUUUACGCUGCACUGAUGAAACAUUUUUCUUGAGGUUAGACAGCUCCAUGCCUUCGUGUUGCUUGUUACCAUGAAAGUAUACUUUUAGCAGACUGACUGUGAAAUGGAGACAUUCCUGAGGAAUGGGAAGUGGUGACGUUCCUCUCUAUUGUUCUGUUGUCAAUAAAAAGUUUUGUAUACCUGC